AUGCUGGAAUCUGUGGAUGCGGGACGAGAAUGGAUUUUUCCAAGCUUUCUCGAUCUCCACAUGAAGAUCGGGAAGGAAUGGAAGGCUCACCUGAGCUGGAGGGCUAUGGCUAGCACUUUCUUGAUCCAAAACCUCAAGCAGCUCAUCAUACGCAGGGUGUGGAAGAUCUCGCUGCAGGGCUCUGUAUAUCUGAGUCUGCUGAUGGUGGCCGCUGGACUGGUCUGGGGUCAGUUGCUCGGCCUUCAUCCCACACAGACCGUCUUCAUCUCCAGCUGUCUAUCUCUCUCCAGCACUCCGCUGGUGUCUCGCUUCCUGGCUGGAGGAUCCAGAGGAGAAUCAAAAGAGGGUGAGCUGGACUACAGCAGUGUUUUGCUGGGCAUGCUUGUCAUGCAGGAUGUGCAGCUUGGCCUGUUCAUCGCUGUGAUGCCCACAUUAAUUCAAGGAGGAAAUGGAGACACAGACAGGUGA